UUUUAAAUUCAUCGGAUGGCUGCGCAUAGGGGAAUCACAGAAAUUACAGAACGUGUGUUGUUUUUUACUGGAUUACAAUUCACUGGUUCAGGAGUCACUGUUCUCUUGGCAUUUGCUUUCUCUAUUUUUUGCGGCUUGGUCGUUCAGUUUGAUGCGUAUCUGAUGGAUGGAUCUGGUGGAACACAAGUAAAGAAACAUGAUGCAGGUGGUGGAAUGUCAGAGAAGGCCAGGUUGAAAGCAGAACGUAGAGCCAAACAAGAAAAAGAGCGUGCUCUCAAACAGGCCAAGAAAGCCGAGAAGGAAGGUGAAACUAAAAUCAAAGCACAGAAUGUUCGAAUUUCUAGCAACGUUCAAGCGGAUGAUCCGAAAAUACGAAAGAAAACUGCCAAAAAAUUGGAGAGAGAACAAAUUCCGAAAAGAGCAGAAGGGCCAAAGAAAGUUGGAUUGUUUUCGCAUUUGCAUCAGUACCAAAGAGGUAUUUCAAUGACGAAAGAACUUGGUUUGGGUAGCACUAAGAUUCAUCCAUCAAUUCUUCGCUUAGGUCUGCAGUAUGCAGAGGGAGUCAUAUCUGGUUCAAAUGCGAGGUGCGCUGCUUUAAUCAAUGCAAUGAAAGAGGUUGUUCUUGACUAUCAAACCCCACCCGAUAAAGAAUUGAGCCGUGAUUUGGAGUCAAAAAUCAAACCGUGUAUCACGUUUUUAAAUCAAUGUCGUCCUUUAUCAGUAUCAAUGCAAAAUGCAAUUAAAUUUAUCAAGGCACAAAUAUCGAGUAGUAAAAGUGAAUUAUCGGAUGUCGAAGCAAAACAUAAAUUAUGUGAGAGUUUUGAUAAUUAUGUUGAAGUGAACAUUCAUUUAGCGGGUGAAGCAAUAUCGAAAUUUGCUCGGCAAACUAUUAAAAACGAUGAUGUUGUGCUGAUUUAUGGAGGAUCUUCAUUAAUCAACCGUGUUUUAAUUGACGCUCACAAUGCUGGCUGCAAUUUUAGAGUCGUUGUUGUCGAUGGUCGCCCACGAUUAAGUGGUAUAGGAGCACUACAAAAAUUGACAAAAGCUGGGAUAAGUUGCAGCUAUACUCUUGUGUCUGGAGUAACUUAUUUGCUUCCUGAAAUCACCAAAGUCAUGUAUGGUGCUCAUGGUUUACUCUCAAAUGGUUAUGUUAUUGGAGCUGUUGGUACUUCACUAGUUUCUCUUGCAGCUCAAAGCCUAAAUAUACCAGUUAUCGUUUGCUGUGAGACAUAUAAAUUCUGUGAACGAGUUCAAACCGAUUCAAUUGUGAAUAAUGAAAUUGGUGAUCCACUCGAUUUACUUGCUGAUGACGGCAGCUAUGAUCCUAUGCUCAUCAGCAAGGAAUCAUGGAAUGAACUAGAAAACUUGAAAGUUUUGCAUUUGACAUACGAUGUCACACCCCCAGAUCUUAUCGCUACAGUUGUGACUGACCUCGGAAUGAUUCCAUGCACUUCUGUUCCUGUUGUAUUGAGACUUAAAAAUUUGGAGUUGGAUACGUCUUGAAACUUUAUUUUGCAUCUGCAUUUUUAUAAAAUGUAUCGUAAAAAAAAACUCUUUGGUUGAGUUGAAAUCCCUAUUUGUGUGUGACCACUCUAUUAUAGUAAUAUCAUGGCAUAUGAGACCUGUAUGUGGCCAAACUAGUAAAUAUUGUUGUUCAGAAUGAUGCAGAUAUAACAAACAAU